AUGCAGAAGCCACACAGGAAAGCGGGGACUGCUUUCAUUCAGACCCAGCAGCUCCAUGCAGCCAUGGCUGACACCUUCCUGGAACACAUGUGCUGCCUGGACAUUGACUCCGCACCCAUCACGUCCCGCAACACUGGCAUCAUUUGUACCAUUGGCCCUGCUUCUCGAUAUGCGGAGAUGCUGAAGGAGAUGAUUAAGUCUGGGAUGAAUGUGGCUCGACUGAAUUUCUCUCAUGGAACCCAUGAGUACCAUGUAGAGACCAUCAAGAAUAUCCGUGCAGCCACAGAAAGCUUUGCAUCUGAUCCCAUUCUCUACCGUCCCGUUGCAGUGGCUCUGGACACAAAGGAAUCUGAGAUCCGAACUGGACUCAUCAAGGACAGUGGCACUGCAGAGGUGAAGAAGGGAGCCACUCCGAAGAUCACCCUGGACAACGCCUACAUGGAGAAGUGUGGCGAGAACUUCCUGUGGCUGGACUAUAAGAACAUCUGCAAGGUGGUAGAGGUGGGCAGCAAGAUCUACUUGGACGAUGGGCUCAUCUCCCUGCAGGUGAAGGAGAAAGGUGCUGACUACCUGGUGACAGAGGUGGAGAAUGGUGGCUCCUUGGGCAGCAAGAAGGGCAUGAAUCUGCCCGGUGCUGCUGUGGACCUCCCUGCCAUGUCAGAAAAGGGCAUCCAGGAUCUGAAGUUUGGGGUGGAGCAGGAUGUGGACAUGGUGUUUGUAUCUUUCAUCUGCAAGGUAGCUGACUUGCAUGAGGUUAGGAAGGUCCUGGGAGAGGGCCAGAACAUCAAGAUCAUCAGUAAAAUUAAGAACCAUGAAGGUGUCUGCAGGUUUGAUGAGAAUUUGGAAGCCAGCGAUGGGAUCAUGGUGGCUCGUGGUGACCUGGGCAUUGAGAUUCCUGCAGUGAAGGUCUUCCUGGCUCAGAAGAUGAUGAUCGGACGAUGCAACCGAGCUGGGAAGCCGGUCAUGUGCACCACACAGAUGCUGGAGAGCAUGAUCAAGAAGCCUUGCCCCACCCGUCCUGAAGGCAGUGAUGUGGCCAAUGUAGUCCUAGAUGGAGCUGACUGCAUCAUGCUGUCUGGAGAAACAGCCAAAGGGGACUAUCCUCUGGAGGCUGUUCGCAUGCAGCACCUGAUUGCCGGAGAGGCAGAGGCUGCCAUCUACCACUUGCAGUUAUUCGAGGAACCACCUCCUGGCGCCCAUUACCGCGACCCCACAGAAGCUGCCGCCAUGGGUACUGUGGAGGCCUAUUUCAAGUGCUGCAGUGGGGCUAUUAUCGUGCUCACCAAGUCUGGCAGCAGUGCUCACCAAGUAGCCCUGUACCGCCCAAGGGCUCCUAUCAUUGCUGUGACACGCAAUGCCCAGAUGGCUCGCCAGGUUCAUCUGUACAGUGGCAUCUUCCCUGUGCUGUGUAAGGAUGCCGUACAGAAUGCUGAUGUCGACUUUCGUGUAAACUUGGCCAUGAAUGUUGACAAGGCCCGAGGCUUCUUCAAGAAGGGAGAUGUGGUCAUUGUGCUGACCCGGUGACGCCCUGCCUUUGGCUUCACCAACACCAUGCGUGUAGUACCUGUACCUUGA